GUAGAAGGCUCUGCUCUCAUCUUUAACGGUUAUUUGUCUCCGCCUUUAUUUAUUCUUUAUUUUAAGACGAUAAACAUUUAAAUUAUUAAAGCUGAAUCUGGAUUAUAUGAUGACAACAGGAAAACGAUGCUCUUUAAUCUCUAAGAAAUGUUUGGGUAAAAAUGUAAAAGCAGACUCUAUAAUAUUUGUCCACUUUUGCCAUUAUUUGUUCAUUUUACUCAGACAACCUGCAGGUUGUAUGAAGAGGAAAUGCAUUGAUCACGGUGAUUAAAGUACAGUUUAAUAAACCGUAUUUUUAUGGAAACAUAUUUUAUCAAACAAAUAAUCGUACAUAACAGUAUAAUUAUAAUAGGGGCUGUAGCCGGGGCAUUUUGUCCCGGAAGUAUAGUGUUGCGCAUUCUUCCUUUGUCCAUAUAUGGAAGACGCCGUGACAGAGCGCAGCUGGUUCAUUAGCCAGACAGGUAAUCUGCAGUUGCAUUUAAAAGCAGGUAGAUCACUGAGGAGAUCAGAUCGAUCCACACUCCAUACCAGUAGGUGGCGGUAAUGCACACCAUUAAGUUGCUUGCCAACCGCCAUUAAAAACAAGAAGAAGAAGAAGAAGAUCAGAUCCCAGGCUGAUGAUUCCUACAGAGGAGAGAAACUUCUAGAGAGUGACGUACAGAGCACCACUGACUGGUUUUGCUUUAAAGAAGGAAUCCUCAGCGUUAGCGUCCAUGUUGGCGCCGCCAUGGUUCUGUGGCAGAUCCACACCCUGGACCACCUGGACGCGUCUGGCUUCGGCCGUCCUUUUCCUCACCACGGCCUCCAGCUGCUGUUUUGGUUCUCCAACCACUGCGUGACCUUUGAACUGGACAACUCUGGGGACGUCAUGAAGCUGGUGUCGGGGUGUCAGCCGGAGAACGGGGCUUACGGCUUCCACAGGUUUGGGAACAUGGAGGAACUUCUGCCUGUUCUCCACAAACACAAGAAGAACAAGAGCAACAGGCAGCUGCUUUACUUCGUGGUCGGGAACCUGAGCACCCGGUCCUACCCGCGGUCCGCCGACCUGCCGGCGUUUGUCUGGGAGAACCUCGGGGCGGACGGCGUCUCCAACAGCGACCGCAUCAUCAUCAGUUACCAGGUGAACACCCGGCUGGUGGACAAGGUCUACGUCGCAGAACACGACGACGCUGACGCUGGACAGUUCCGAUCCGACGGAACUCAUGAGGUCAGCUCACGACUGAUCCGACUUCUGCAGAACCCGCAGCUGGAUCUCAGCUCCCUCCUCACUCAGAUGGGUUACUAUGACGACGUAGAGAUGCUCCAGGACGCGCAGGACCCUUCGGUCCAGAUGAUGCUAAGCAUGAUGCAGAACGAUCCGACCGGGUUCUUCUCCCAGGCCUUCAGUCGCCAGCUGGACCUGGACCGGUUCUGCUCCAGCACGAACCCAGACUGCAGCGGGAGCCUGGUGUGUUACACCGCCCUGCAGAAGAAGAAGAAGAAGAAGAAGAAGAGCAGCAAGAAACCGAAACCUCUGAGGGAACUUUCCUGGCGCUCCAGCUGGUCGGAUCCGUACCGAGAUUAUUAUGAAGAUUACUGGAUAAGAUCCAGUUAUGGAUCUGGAUCCAGUUAUGGAUCCGGUUAUGGAUCUAGAGGCAGCUAUGGUAAAGGCGGUGGAGGUGGAUUUUCCUGGUUCCUGAAACUCGUCCUGAAAACCGGAGCGCUCUACCUGGCAGCCAGAUGUUUGUUCUGGUUAGUCAGGAACAUCUGGAGCUCUAACUGGGAUGACGAGCUCCUCCAGCGGAUUCCAGGCUGGACUUCUCUGUAUCCCAGUCAUCCCAAUUAUCCCAGGUUUCCACGCACUCACAUAAUGCUGGACUAUGUUUACUAGACUUGUCAGGACUUUGACUAGGACUAAUUCAGAGUUCCUGCUUCCAAUGAUGCUGGUUGGAGAUUCAAGCUGAAGACUCAGGAUGAGGAUUUUAAUGAUUCUAAAGUGUUUUUAUGGUUUAAUUAAGAAAUAUUUUUUUUUGUAUCGUAUACUGAAAAUACCAAAUGUCUGAAACUAAAAUGUUUUUGUAAUUUUUUGUUAUUAAAAAACUCCAAGCCCUCAGUGAGGGACAUGAAAGGAACCAGUCACUCUACCUUGAAAAGGGAACAGGUUCAGUUUUUAAUUAAAUGCCUUUAAUAUUUUUUAGUGUUUGAAGUGAAACAAAUGACCAAUAAUCACCAAUAUUUGCACUGAAGAUUUGCUUUCAGCUUCUACGUUUCUCAUAUUUGUCAGUGAUGAAUGAAAUUUGUGCAGAACUGAGACUGAAUUUAUGAAUAAAAGUAUUUUUUGUGGGA